AUGCUGUACGGACCCUUCACUGACGGCACGGCGUGUGACGCAGAUGACGGUGCUGGGUGCGGUAAGAACUACGGGUCGACGCGCAUUUCUGUGUGGUCGCUUGCCCGUGCGCUGGACCCCGCCGUGCCCGUGCUGUUUCCCGCUGUGACCCCGUCGAUGGAGUACACGGAGCCCGGUAGCUGGCUGACGAUGGCGCAGCUGAUCGGCAUCAUCGUCGGCGUGAUGCUGCUGCUCAUCAUCAUUGCGGCUGUGGUGGUUGUGGUGCUGCAUUUCUGCCGCGACUCGCGUAACAACGCGAAUGCGCCGAAGGAGCCGACAGACCCCGUGACGCUUGUGUUCACCGACAUCGAGAGCAGCACGGCGCUGUGGUCCGCGUGUUCCGAGGUGAUGCCCGACGCCGUAGCGACGCACCACCGUCUGAUCCGCGUGCUGAUCGCGAAGUACGGCUGCUACGAGGUGAAGACGAUCGGCGACUCGUUCAUGAUAGCGUGCAAGAGUGUGUUCGCCGCCGUGCAGCUUGUGCGUGAGCUGCAGCAGGUGUUUCUGCAGCACGAGUGGGGGACGACUGCGCUCGACGCCGCGUACCGAAAGUUCGAGGAGGGCCGGGCGGAGGAGACGGAGGGGUACGUGCCGCCGACAGCGCGCCUGGACGCCGCUGUGUACCGGCAGCACUGGAACGGUCUGCGGGUGCGUGUGGGGGUGCACACCGGGCUGUGCGACAUCCGGCGCGACGAGGUGACGAAGAGGUACGACUACUACGGCGACGCGGCGAACAUGGCGGCACGCACGGAGAGCGCGGGAAACGGCGGGCAAGUGCUGCUGACGCGUGCGGCGUACAUGGCUCUGAGCACGGCAGAGCGGGAGGAGGUGGAUGUGACUGCGUUGGGCGCGGUGGCGCUGCGCGGGGUGCCGCGGCCCGUGGAGAUGUACCAGGUGGACGCUGUGCCCGGGCGCACUUUUGCGGCGCUGCGGGUUGAUACAGGUGAGGAAGCGGAUCUUGACACCGGUGUGUGCGAUAGCAUUGCCUCUGGCUUCACUCGCAACACCUAUUAUGAUACCUCCGUUUUGUUUCUUUCGUGCUUGGUGAGUCCGUAUGCCCUUCGCCAGCGUGCUAGCCUUCUUGAGUCUCUUUGCACGAAGUGGCGCGUGCGGGGGGUCGAGCGGGGGGCAAUGUCCUGCGACGAGUACUGCGCUGCACUGGUGGAUGCGCUUGCGAGUCGUGUGGGGCGUGUGUUCGGUUGUCGUAUGGAAUCAUCUGCAUCCGUUUCUUUUUUGCGGUCUGCUGCUUUGUCAACGGGAUCGAUGCGUGCGCCGAGGGGGUGGCAGAGUUCCACUUCCGUUUUGUGGUGUGCGCCGCCUCCCGUCGCUGAGCGCCAAUCCAUUGCGCUCCCCACCGGUUGUGCGGCUCGGGCACCGCGGGAGUUGUGUGUGGGCCCCGCCGGUAUGCGUCCGGCUAUGGUGCGAGGGAUCGGGCGGGGGGUGCGUAUCUUUUCUGACUCCUCAGAUGAAAACUUUGUGUGCUCACGCCCACCGCACGUGUGA